AUGGCGCCUCCGUCAUCAUACAUAUCCUCCCAGCUCAGACAACUAAUCUACUACCACCUCGACAACAACCUCGUUAAGAAUGCACUCUUCCUCGCCGGCCGUCUCCACGCCUACGAACCUAGAUCCACUGAAGCAGCCUAUCUCCUCGCGCUAUGCCACCUAUUGAGUGGUCAACCCAAGGCCGCGUGGGAAUACAGUAAGGUCGCAGGUUCUCGCGGGACACAUCUUGGGUGCUCCUAUGUACAUGCGCAAGCAUGUUUGGACUUGGGGAAAUAUAAGGAGGGUAUCAGCGCGUUGGAUCGGAGUCGAAAUCUCUGGGCUGCGAAGAGUAAUUGGAACAAACAUAGCGAAACGCGCCGUCAACAUACACCAGACGCAGCAGCAGUUCUGUGCCUGCAAGGGAAGUUGUGGCAAGCUCAUAAAGACUUGACGCAGGCUGUAGAAUGCUACGCCGAGGCCUUGAAGCUCAAUCCCUUUAUGUGGGACGCCUUUCUUGGUCUUUGUGAAACUGGCGUCAACAUACAAGUACCAAACAUAUACCGUCUAAGCCCAGAAUUAGUAGCCAUGUUACAAGCCGCACCUCAGCCAGAUUUAAUUGCACUUUCGGAUAUAACGAUGUCAGCAAAUGGACCUCUGCAGACGCAAUCGAACUCAAAUUCCAAUAGCGAUCCUUUCGCCAAUACACCAAAGGGCGAAUCCGGCUUGUCCACAGGGAGCUCGGCAUUGUGGGAGAAAUUGAAUGGAAGCAGUGUCAGUGUUGCUUCGGCAGGCACAACGAUUAUUCGCGAGGUACCUGAAAAUGAGAACGAGACCGAAGAGACUCGCAAUGCUAAUAACGACAUUUGGGAUCCUCCACUUGCUCCGAAUCGACGAAAUAGGACUAUUCAGCAGGUUGAGUAUGGCGAUCCACCACCAAAAAUGCGAGCUACCGCGUUGAAAUCCAGGAUACGGUCAAGAGCCGAGUCGGAAGAUCAAAAUGUUAUUCCUAUGGACGACGAGUCCACUUCUGUGCCACAACCAGGUGAUAGAAAACGGACGGUUUCUGGACAGGUCGCGCACCCACCACCCCAGGCUGUUGAGCCAGGCGCACCACAGCGACGGAGCACGCGACUGUUGAAUCACAUACGACCAACGUCCAGCCGAUUAGCCACUGCGACUUUAGGAAAGGAUGGACGAGAAGUGAGAAAAGUCAGGGCCACAGGGACGAGAGGGCGGGUACCUCCCACAACAAAUGUUGGACGCGUUGUGAGUGGAAACAGAAAGCACAUCGGUAGUGGAUCAGAUCCUGAUGGCAAGGAGUUACGAACAUCUGCAACGUCGUCGAACAAUGUCGGUAGUUCCCAUCAAUCCAAGAGCGCAGUCGCGGAUCGCUCCAAGGAAAUGGAAGCUUUGUCGUGGUUAAUGGAUCUGUUCUCAAAAUUAGCUACAGCCCACUAUAAUCUGACCCAUUACAAGUGCCAGGAGGCUGUUCAAGCCUUCAACCUUUUGUCUCAGGCUCAGCGCGAAACGCCGUGGGUUCUAUCACAAUUGGGUCGGGCUUACUAUGAGCAGGCGCUCUAUGCCGACGCGGAAAAAUACUUCCUUCGAGUAAAAGCCCUAGCACCUGCCCGGUUGGAAGAUAUGGAAAUAUACUCGACCGUGUUGUGGCAUCUCAAAAACGAUGUCGAGUUGGCAUAUCUAGCCCAUGAGCUCAUGGAGGUAGACCGUCUAUCUCCUGAGGCUUGGUGUGCUGUUGGCAACUCCUUCUCUCAUCAACGAGAUCAUGAUCAAGCAUUGAAGUGUUUCAAACGUGCCACACAGCUCGACCCACGUUUCGCUUAUGCAUAUGCUCUUCAAGGCCAUGAGCACGUUGCAAAUGAAGAGUUCGACAAGGCUCUUGAUGCUUUCCGAAAGGGUAUCAGUGUCGACAGUAGACAUUACAACUCGUGGUAUGGUCUCGGUCAGGUUUAUGAAAAGAUGGGCAAGCUUGAUUAUGCGGAACAACAUUACCGCAACGCGGUUCAGAUCAACCCGAACAAUGCAGUGCUCAUCUGUUGUAUGGGUCUUGUAGUUGAAAAGCUGAAUAACCCGCAAUCUGCUCUGUUCCAUUACAGUCGUGCGACAAGUAUAGCGCCAAAAUCGGUAUUGGCGCGGUUCCGCAAGGCUCGCGUUCUUCUGAAGCUGAACGAAUACAAACUGUCGCUGGCGGAGCUCAAGGUGUUGAAAGACAUGGCUCCGGAUGAAGCGAAUGUUCAUUAUCUUCUCGGAAAGGUUUACAAACAGCUGCAUGACAAAGCCAAUGCAAUUAAACAUUUCACCACCGCCCUGAAUCUUGAUCCUAAAGCAGCACAGUAUAUCAAAGAUGCAAUGGAAACAUUGGACGACGAGGAGGAUGACGACGCAGAAAUGGCAUGA